AGGUGUGUCCAAACUAUCUCAUACAUGCUCCUACAACCUAAGACAUAAACUACUGCAAUUUAAAAUAAUUCAUAGGAUUUACUACAUUCCUGCCAGUACGCAUGUAAUGCAUCCAGAAAUGUCACAUCUCUGUUGGAGAUGCCAAAAGCACAAAGGAACCCUAUUACAUAUGCUGUGGUCAUGUGACAAAUUGACACCAUUUUGGGAUAAUGUACAGUGCAUUCGGAAAGUAUUCAGACCCCUUCACUUGUUCCACAUUUUCUUAUGUUACAGCCUUAUUCUAAAAUUGAUUAAAUAAAUAAAAAGUAUCAUCAAUCUACACACAAUACCCCAUAACAGGUUUUUAGAAACCCUUCUCAUCUCGCAUACACACUAGGUCUUCUUGGGGCAUAGAUCUACAUAAUAAAAAUAAAUGAUUAUUAUUACAUUUAAGUUUUUUGCAUGUAGGGGAAACACUGAGGAGAAUAGUAAAGACUGGUCUAGGCUGUUGGAUUUCUCAGACAGCAGUGAUGCUGGUAGAAGAAAGAGAUUUUGUCAUCUUGACCAGGAAAUUAAAUUAGUCAUUUAUCUCCUCCAUGUGAACUGAACAGGUUGUAGGUUUUGGAACUCAACACAUAACACAUCCUAAUUUCCUUGAGAUAUAAACAUUAAGGGACAUGUUUACAUUAGCCUGGUCCCAGAUCUGUUAGUCCUGUAUCACCGACUCUAUUGGUCAUAGCUAUACAGGGGAAACAUAUUUGGUACCAGGCUAGAUUUACAGUCAUUUCUAAAUGAAAGUUUCCUGUAUAGUAACAGUGAGAUCAGUUAACAAGGUGAGGGAGCAUCUCUCAGACAACCAGGCUUUCAGCUCAUAGAAUGGCUUAACAUGGCCUUGCUGAAGGCUUGUCAGAUUGAUGCAUGGAGGGAGGCGGUAAAUAGAUAAAUCUGUCUCUACCACCGCAUAUCUCCAGUGAAGGACAGACAGCUAUAAUUAAAGCAUCAUCACCUGUUUUGACAUUCUGUCCCUCUGUCCUUUAGAUCAGAGUCCUUCUAUUGACGAUGUGUCUAGUACUUUACUGAGAGGGUAGUGGAGUGUGAGUGGUGAGAAGCCUCUCUCUCUCUCGCUCUCUCAUUUCAAUUCAAGGGGCUUUAUUGGCAUGGGAAACAUAUGUUUAGAUUGCCAAAGCAAGUGAAAUAGAUAAUAAACAAAAGUGAAAUAAACAAUAACAAAUUAACAGGCCCUCCUUGGUUGGGGACAGAAGCACCAGAUCAUCAGCAAACAGUAGACAUUUGUCUUCAGAUUCUAGUAGGGUGAGGUUGGGUGCUGCAGACUGUUCUAGUGCCCUCGCCAAUUCGUUGAUAUAUAUAUUGAAGAGGGUGGGGCUUAAGCUGCAUCCCUGUCUCACCCAACGGCCCUGUGGAAAUAAAUGUGUGUCUUUUGCCAAUUUUAACCAUUUGUGUACAUGGAUUUUAUAAUGUUGUAUGUUUUUCCACCAAUACCGCUUUUCAUCCAUUUGUAUAGCAGACCCUCAUGCCAAAUUGAGUCAAAAGCUUUUUUUGAAGUUUUGGUUUGUUUGUUUGUCUGCUAGGGUGUGCAGGGUCUCUCUCUCUCUCACCACCCUCACGGCCGGUUGUGAUACAGCCUGGAAUCGAACCAUGGGGUCUGUAGUGACGCCUCAAGCACUGAGAUGCAGUGCCUUAGACCGCUGCGCCACUCGGGAGCGGAACCCUGACCUCACAACCAUAAAGUGCAAUGGGGUUCUAUAACUGAUUGAAGUAUUUUUAGCCAGAUCCUAAUUGUAGAAUUAUAUGUUCCUUUUGAUGGUAUAGAAGGCCCUUCUUGCCUUGUCUCUCAGAUCAUUCACAGCUUUGUGGAAGUUACCUGUGGUGCUGAUGUUUAGGCCGAGGUAGUGUCGUGGAAAUUCUUACACAGGGACACGCAAAGUCAAUCUUAAAUGAAUAAUUCUUUAUUAUUUGUCAGCUGGUCUUUCCAUGGUACCGUUACACCCUCGCUCUAGUCUUCUCAUAAGACUAGUGAAUAGCCUUCUCUCUAUAAGACUAUGGGUAUCUUUUUAUGCGUUACUCGCCUUUUAUUUGUUAUAAUUUUUUUCCAUACAGAUUCAUUUAAAUUGACUUACUGAAAUUCAGUUACCGUCCCUCAAAUGUUCGCAGAUGAUGUGUCUCCUCCUGGGCAGCUCACAGUAAGGGUCUGGUCUGGGCGGGUCUCGUCGUCUUUUGGUCAGACGGAAUUUCCCUCACGCUUCAUAAAAUGCGCCACCGGUUUUCCUCGCAGACCUGCACUGGAUAGCUCCGCAGGCAGAAACAAUAAUCGGGUUCGUGAUGCCAAAUUGUAGUGGAAAUUCUUACACAGGGUCACUCGAAGUCAAUCUUAAAUGAAUAAUUGUUUAUUAUCAGUUAACUGUAGAGGUUCCAACAAACUUGAUGCACCAUAGUGAACGUCUGUCAGGAGCUCUUCCGGGGCAGUCCCGUUAGUUCUCUUAUAUACUUACACAGAAAGUAAUAUUUGCAUGAUUUAGCUUGUUCAUUAUUCAUCAUUAAUUUAUCCUUAACAUUUGUUAUCAUUCAUGUGACAGACCAAUACCUCACGAGGCUUCUUCUCUCCAAGCUGAGACUUUGACACUCUGGGUGUACUGCCAAAUUGCAGAUACUACAGUGAGGAUUUCUCCCAGGCGUUCAAUAAGUCACUUGCAUGAACACAGAAAUUGGUUAUUAGAAAAGCACAAACAUAAACAUUUCCAUCACAGUAGGUAUAGUUUUUUGUGUGCUCUAGGGCAACGGUGUCUAGAUGGAAUUUGUAUUUGUGGUCCUGGCAACUCUCUCUCUCUCUUUCUUUCUAUCUCUCUCUAUAUAUAUAUAUUUCAAGGCUACUGACAGACAUGCUGGUGGAGUGUGUGUGUGCGUGUGUACGUGAGAGCGUGCACGUGUGUGUGUGAUUUAUUUUCAUCACAUGGUAAUAGAGCCGAGGGUGAAGAGUGAGGACAGUGUAGAUAAGUGUCUGUCUGCUCAAGGCAGCCUCCACUAGGGCUGUGGCGGUCAUGACAUUUUGUCAGCUGGUGAUUGUCAAGCAAAUAACUGCCAGUCUCACGGUAAUUGACCGUUAAUUAACAUAAACACAUUUAGCAUCUCCUGGCUUCCACACAUAGCCUACAAGCCACUGAUGCAGACCUUUGGAACAUCUACAUUUAAAAAGUCAAAUAAAUCCAUGUUAUAUAGCCGUCACCAUCACAAUAAAUUCAUUAUUUAUUUUAGACUGGUAUGAUGAAACAUGAUAUGAAGAAAAUGUAGUCUAUUUCAGAAGAACAGAAUAGCAUACUCUGAGUUGUCCUUAUGUUAAGCCCUGAUCUGGCUAUGCCAUUCUAGUUGAUUUAGCAGACAAGAUUUGCUUAGAAUUCUGUGGCAUUAUUUUAUAUUAUUUUAUAGUGUGAAUAAUACAAUUGAACAUAGCUGAAUAAAAUAGAAAGGAUAUUUUCUCUAAACGAUUUGAGGGAGUGCACACGUGGCUAUUCUGUGUUGAGCGGUUAACAAAGAAACAGGUCCUCCUAUAUGCUUAAUUUAGAGUUAUUUAUGCAACUUUAGUUGUGAUACAAAUGUUGGGCUAUAUGUUUUGAUUUUUAAUACAUUCUAAGGCUGCAUGAUGCGACUCUAAUUAUGAUUUGAAAAAAGUUGCAUGACAGGCAUGAGCUCUGCUUUGUUUUUUUGCGCAGGAUGCACACACUUCAUCAGUCUCUCAUUCACAAUUUGACAAGCACUUGAUAAUGCCUCGAAUUUCCUGGUGGCAUCCCCUUUGUGUGACCGUAAUGCCCCCUAAAAUAAUCCAUGCCUUUUGCGGACAGUGGCCGUUGUGCCCUUGGGCUGAAUAUAAUAAUUAUAAUUCCCUUCUCCCGGCUGUGUGCCCGAAGCACCUCUCACUCACAUGGCUCUCUCAGAUGUCUCAAUUCUUAUUAGCAAAUGCCCGUCACGUGAUGGGGUUCUUCUCACAGGCUACAAGUGAAGACAGACACAUUGGGGACGCAACUGCAUACGUCCUUAUCGAAUUCCGAGGCACAUAUUGAAGAACUGUCCACAUUUACUUUUCAUCAGCCAACAAGAUGAGUAGGCCUAAUGAACAGCAAAAGCACUAGCCUAUUUCAAUCUACUAUCCCCCAUAGAACAAAAGUUGACCUAUUCUAUUCUGUGUGAGAAACACAUAUUCCAAACAUAGUCUGGGACAGUUGAGGGAUGCGAUAGAUCCCAAAUUAAUACAACCACUAGCAUCAAAAAACCUUUUAAAAGUAAUGAGGCUGACGCAACAGAUCAGAACGUUUAGCUUAACAUUUUGAUAAACUAUUAGGCUAUUUCUUCACAUUAUAAGUGCAGCAAUGUGCACACGGCAGUAGGCUAUAAGCGCGUAUGUUCCAAAAUGCAAUCAAUUAGCGGGAAAACACCAUUCUCAAAAGUGACUGCAAAUGCAAUUAUGCAUGUAAUGCUUUUAAUAAUAUAUCAUUAAGUGAUAGGCUAAUAUUGUCACCCAUCAGACUAUUCUUGAUUUAAUCUUGUCUUUACAUAUACAAAAUCUGUAUGAGUGAAAUUGUUUUGAUUUAGAAUGGACCAUUAUCAUGCUCCUGUCACGAAACAGGGGCAGGGGAAAAAAAGACAUGUCAUCUAUGCACUUCAAUAGCGAAUGGAGGACGCUUUUCCCGUGGUUCAUUUUCAUGCCAGCCAGGUAGGCUACACUCCUGUUGUAAAGAGAAGCAAUGUUCUUAAUAUUAGGAAAGUUGAGAAAUAAAUAUACAGUGGCUUGCAAAAGUAUUCACCCCCCUUGGCAUUUUUCCUAUUUUGUUGCCUUACAACCUGGAAUUAAAAUUGAUUUGUAGAGCCACCUUUUGCAGCAAUUACAGCUGCAAGUCUCUUGGGGUAUGUCUCUAUAAGCUUGGCACAUCUAGCCACUGGGAUUUUUGCCCAUUCUUCAAGGCAAAACUGCUCCAGCUCCUUCAAAUUGGAUGGGUUCCACUGGUGUACAGCAAUCUUUAAGUCAUACCCAGAUUCUCAAUUGGAUUGACGUCUGGGCUUUGACUAGGCCAUUCCAAGCCCUCUCUUGGCAGGUUUGUUGUGGUGCCAUAUUCUUAAGAAAAUUUAAUAAUGGAUUUAAUGGUGCUCCGUGGGAUGUUCAAAGUUUCAGAUAUUUUUUUAUAACCCAACCUUGAUCUGUACUUCUCCACAACUUUGUCCAGGACCUGUUUGGAGAGCUCCUUGGUCUUCAUGGUGCUGCUUGCUUGGUGGUGCCGCUUGCUUAGUGGUGUUGCAGACUCUGGGGCUUUUCAGAACAGGUGUAUAUAUACUGAGAACAUGUGACAGAUCAUGUGACACUUAGAUUGCACACAGGUGGACUUUAUUUAACUAAUUAUGUGACUUCUGAAGGUAAUUGGUUGCACCAGAUCUUAUUUAGGGCCUUAAUAGCAAAGGGGGUGAAUAUAUAUACACGCACCACUUUUCCAUUAUUUAUUUUUUAGAAUUUUCUGAAACAAGUAAUUUUUUUCAUUUCACUUCACCAAUUUGGACUAUUUUGUGUAUGUCCAUUACAUGAAAUCCAAAUAAAAAUCAAUUAAAAUACAGGUUGUAAUGCAACAAAAUAGGAAAAACGCCAAGGGGGAUGAAUACUUUUGCAAGGCACUGUAGUAGGCCUAGCCUAUAGAAAGCUGAUGGGAUCCUGCUCUUUUUAAUACAGGCUAUCUCUGUUUUCUCACAGAAUUGCAUAGCCUAUAGAAAUGUUGCGCAACAUGAGCUCAUUGGCUCUCAUUAAGUGUUUGAUUAGAUUUUCAAUUACAUUUGCAUUGAUGUCAGAGUGAUUAGAGGGACAGUAGUGUUCUGAGUAUCAGGUAGUUAGCAAGUUUGUCAGGCUACUAAUUACCACCAGAAGCCUAAUUACCGUGACUAAACAGUCAAGUGGAAAUUGGCUGCCUUCAUGACUCGUGACCGCCGGUGUGGUGGUAAUACGGACACCGUAACAGCCCUAGCCUCCACCCCGUCAUUCACCUGAGUGCCUGGGUGCUACAUUAACACAUAGCUAUCUCUCCUGCUUCUACAGCAGAGCCUUGACUGUCUUACUCUCCCCUUUAUAUCAAUUUAAAAGGGCCUUGAGGAGUGAUGUGGGUCUCUAACUGAGGAACUGAGGUGUAAUAGGUAGCAGCAGGGUAGAGCAUGGCGUUUGUAACGCCAGGGUUGUUGGUUCAUUUCCCACGGGGGACCAGUAUGAAAAAAAUAUGUAUGCACUCACUAACUGUAAGUCGCUCUGGAUAAGAGCGUCUGCUAAAUGACUAAAAUGUAAAUAAAGUAAAGUUAUGAAAGAAAAAAGGUACCUACACACUAUUGAAUGCUUCCAAAGUUUUAUUGAGUGCAACAUUUAUACUUGAAAGUCUUCGUCAGGCUUAACAAUAAAGCCAAAAAUAUGAAGGUGUUUCACUCACUCUGUGCUGCUGUCUUUGUGUGUUUGCAGUGCGGGACCGAAGGGAGACAACAUCUAUGAAUGGAGAUCCACCAUCCUAGGACCACCAGGCUCGGUGUACGAGGGAGGGGUCUUCUUCUUAGAUAUCACCUUCUCAUCCGACUACCCCUUCAAGCCACCGAAGGUACUGUAUCUUUAAUCACUUGCUUUAUAGUUUUAGAGGUCGGAGUAUUAACAGUUAACAGCUCAGUAACAUGGCCCACACAGCUCUUUUCAAAAGUAAUGCACUAAGUAGGGAAUAGGGUGUAAUUUGGUACGUAGCCUCUGUCUGCAGCUAGUCCUCUAUCGUUCUACAUGGAGGUCAGGUCUGAGAGCAGUUUGCUGAGGUCAUCAGUUGAAACCCUGAGGCUGAUAAACAUGAUGUCUUGUCUUGUGUUUGUUGACUAACUGUGGCGCCACCCGGCCGUCGUCUCCUUGAGGCUACUAUGCACUACACAGUAGCAGUUACACUACAGCGCUCUGCUCUACUGUCAUAUGACUGUGGAGACCAGGGGACCAGAAUAACCCUGAACCGUUUAACACAAUGCUGUUAUUAUUGAGAGAGAGAGACAGGCAGCAGUUGUGGUUUCAGUCUCAGUCAGACGUGACUUUGUGGCUGUGUGAUACUCGGCACUAAGAGAGAAGCCCAGCAAAGUAUGUAUGGGUCCCCCAAAUGGCACCCUAUUCCCUACAUAGUGCACUACGUUUGACCAGGGCCCUGGUCAAACGUAGUGCAUUAUAUAGGUAAUAGGGUGCCGUUUGGGAUGUAGGCUCUGUGUGUUAUAGACACUGCAGGGACUCUUUUUUUAGAGCCAUUUACUGAGUUUGCAGCAUAUAUUCUCAUUAACCUUUUCACGUGUGAGUUCCAAAUAUCUCUAACGGUCGUCCCAGUGUGAGUUUUUUUAUGCGUGUGAUAUCAGAGUGCACUCAAUGUUCCAAAAUUUGAUUGUUAUGCAACAGGACAGUUAACCCGCGCUGCCCUCAAACCAAGACACGCUGCCUGCUAAUUGUCUAUAGGCUAUGUUUCAACUUGUCAAUUUCAAAUUAUUUUCUAACAAGUUUUAUUUUCUAAUAACAGUUUGAAUUGAGGUGUGUUCCACCUCCUUAUUAAUUCACAUAAAAUGUAGCCCAUUUCACUGUUGCGGACAAUUUAUGUUUGAGGCUUUACUGAGGCAAACUUCUCUCUUUGACGAGAGACCAAGCACUUCCCCAAAUUAAGUAUGAAGACAUUGCGCAUCUCUAGUCAGAACAGGCCUUGCACAAACUUUUCCCCCUGGCACAUUUUCCGGCUGGCGCUCGCAUUGCCUUCAUUGUUGUUUUCCUUACAAAUAAUAACUUUGGACAUGUGUGCGUUCCUAUCAAAGUAAGUGUCUUAUUUUCUGUAUGUCGUGUUGUCGUUUCUACUGUAGCACACCGUAUGUACAGUGCUAUGAAAAAGUACUCGCCCCCUUUAUAAUUUUCUCUACUUUUGCAUAUUUGUGAUACUGAAUGUUAUCAGAUCUUCAACCAAAACCUAAUAUUAGAUAAAGGGAACAUAACUGAAAAAAUAACACAACAAUUACAUAUUUAUUUCAUAAACAACGUUAUGCAACACCCAAUUCCCCUGUGUGAAAAAGUAAUUGCCCCCUUACACUCAAUAACUGGUUGUUCCACCUUUAGCUGCAAUGACUCCAACCAAAUGCUUCCUGUAGUUGUUGAUCAGUCUCUCAUGUCGCUGUGGAGGAAUUUUGGCCCACUCUUCCAUGCAGAACUGCUUUAACUCAGUGACGUGUGGGUUUUCAAGCAUGAACUGCUCGUUUCAAGUCCUGCCACAACAUCUCAAUUGGGAUUAGGUCUGGACUUUGACUAGGCCAUUCCAAAACUUCCAAUUUGUUGCUUUUUAGAAAUGUUCAUGUAGACUUGAUUGUGUGUUUUGGAUCAUUGUCUUGCUGCAUGACCCAGGCAUAAUGGGACCCAUCUCAUCCAAAAAGUUGACUAAAGUUUGCCAAAAAGCACCUGGAUGAUCAUCAAGACUCUUGGAAGAACGUUCUAUGGACAGAUGAUUCAAAAGUAUAACUUUUUGGACGACAUGGUUCCAGUAAUGCCUGGCGAAUACCAAAUUCCACAGUAAGAACAUCAUACCAAAGGUCAAGCAUGGUGGUGGUGGUGUGAUGGUUUGGGGAUGCUUUGCUGCCUCAGGACCUGGACGACUUGCCUUAAUAGAAGGAACCAUGAAUUCUGCUCUGUAUCAGAUAAUUCUACAGGAGAAUGUCAGACCAUCCGUCUGUGAGCUGAAGCUGAAGCGCAGCUGGGUCAUGCAGCAAGACAAUGAUCCAAAACACACAAUCAAGUCUACAUUAACAUUUCUAAAAAGCAACAAAUUGGAAGUUUUGGAAUGGCCUAGUCAAAGUCCAGACCUAAUCCCAAUUGAGAUGUUGUGGCAGGACUUGAAACGAGCAGUUCAUGCUUGAAAACCCACACGUCACUGAGUUAAAGCAGUUCUGCAUGGAAGAGUGGGCCAAAAUUCCUCCACAGCGACGUGAGAGACUGAUCAACAACUACAGGAAGCAUUUGGUUGGAGUCAUUGCAGCUAAAGGUGGAACAACCAGUUAUUGAGUGUAAGGGGGCAAUUACUUUUUCACACAGGGGAAUUGGGUGUUGCAUAACUUUGUUUAUGAAAUAAAUGAAAUACAUAUGUAAUUGUUGUGUUAUUUUUUCAGUUAUGUUCCCUUUAUCUAAUAUUAGGUUUUGGUUGAAGAUCUGAUAACAUUCAGUAUAACAAAAAUGCAAAAGUAGAGAAAAUUAGAAAGGGGGCAAAUACUUUUUCAUAGCACUGUAUGUAUGGAGCAUAAUGUAUUUACUGUUUUAUUCACAUGUUUUCAAGUACUGGUGACAAAACAUGCAUUCCGAUUCUUGCAUAUAUUGUAAUGGACACAUAUGAUGUGUGUAAAAUACUUUUUUGAAGGUUGUACUGAUUAUGAUGAGCUAAUGCUAAGCUAUUUGCCAGCUGUGUUUGUUGACAUCAUACAAUGCAUUUUGGUUGUCACGUAAGUGUCUGUCAGACCAAAGAUGUUAUAACAAAACGAGGUGAAGGGAUAGUUCACUCGACUGACUUAUGGUGGUUUCAAGACAACUGGGAACUCAGAAAAAUACGAGAUUAAAUCAUGACAGUGAUCUUCAGGUCAGAAUGUCGGAGCUCUAGAAAGAGGCCCAAGUUCCCGAGUUGGAAUUCCGAGUUGGAUGAUUAUUCCCAGUCUGAGCUCGUUUUUUUUCAGAGGUCCCAGUUGUGUUGAACGCACUGAAGUCGGAAGUCUGAGAUUUACGAGUUCCAAGUUCCCAGUUGUUUUGAACGCGGCAUCAGAUUGUAACUAUGGUACCUCAGGGUUGCCAGCUCAAACCCCCCUUUCCAGGGGUUUUAUUCUUAUUUAGCGUAUAAACUUCUCCUGUGUUUGCCCUCCAUUUAAUGAUAAAUCCCCCAUCAUAGUAAUAUUUCCUGCAUCAUAUCCCCCCACGAUACCUUCCCCCAUUUCUACCCCCCAUGGACUUGAAAACCCCCCACAAAUUAAAUUAACCCCCUCCCACAAACCCCCCUAAAAUGGUUUCAUCGCUGUUUAGCUUUCACGCUACAGUUAGGCUAGGCAGUAGGCUAGAUUUGUAAUAUGCUGAAAAGUGGCCAAACUAAGUUCAUAUUUUUCAGGCAAUUGGCGCAGCCGUCUUUGACUUUGUUUAUUUGUGUCUUAUAGUGAAUGGCAUUCUGGGAUUACGGCAUUUUCGCUUGUCAAACAUAAACAAACAUGGCUGCCAUCAUUAAGAAUUUAGCAUCUGUUAGCUUAGCUGCCACGCAUCACUUUUCUAAACAAUAUCACAUUUCUCCUGUGUACACACCAGAGAUGUGGUACAUUCUAAACAAGUCUAGCUGUUAGGUCGCUAACUUAGGUUUUGUUUUUUUGUCAGUGCAAACUGUUAUUUAGACUGGUUUAUGGAAUGAGUUUGGCUGUGGAUGUGUUCCGUGUGAUGUUUGGAUGAUGAAGUUUGCAUCUGUUGCUACUGUUCCAAUCACAUAUUUGCGAUGGAACGCUGCAGGGAUCACGUACACGGCAAAGGGUUAAUACAGACUUCUAACAGAAGGCUACACUGCCUAUUAUGUUUCUGAUAAAACUAUACAGGAGCUGGAUAUAAUCUGGAUCAUAAUUGCUUUCUGGGAGUGGAGGGGAGCUAGCUACUAUGGUUAUUUCCACCCCAUUUCACAUAAAAACAAACAGACAAAAACAUUUAGGAGAAAUUAGCCACGGAACUAAAUGUUUUACCACUCUACACUGGACUGUGUCAUGAUAUGUUUGCUUGGUCCAGCAGUUACAUUAUUAAGCACAAAUCCCCAGGGAUGGGAUUAGCCUUUACAGUGGUUAUGGUAAUAAAAGACGGAGUCUGGCUCGUCUGGUUUCAAAUAACAUGUCAUAUAGAUGGCACAAACAGUUUGACUGGAGAGAGACAGAGAAGACUUGUUCACAGGCAUGCAGUUGUCCCCAUCCAUGCUACUGAUUACCCAGGGUGGUAUGGCUGUGUCUGACUCCCUCCUUUCUAUAUCUCUAUAUGUCUAUAUCUUUAUCUCUCUCUCUCUCUCUCUCUCUCUCUCUCUCUCUCUCUCUCUCUCUCUCUCUCUCUCUCUCUCUCUCUCUCUCUCUUUCUUUCUUUCUUUCUUCUCUUUCUCUCCCUCUAAUGUCAAAGGCAUAAACAGCCAGUGCUAUCAUUAAGAUCCUCCUCCGUGCCUGGUCUAAUUGGUUUUCCCUACAUUAAGGACUUGGUCCCAAAUGGCACCCUACUCCCUAUAUAAUGCACUACUAUUGACAAGUAGUGCACUAUAUAGGGAAUAGGGUUCUAUUUUAUUUGGGACGCAGACAAGGUCUGCUCAGAGGGAAAAGGCCUCAAUGGGAUGUUAAGAGACCAAGCUUAAGCGUAUGUCACCGACCAUGGCCCUACUUGAGAUUGCAUGGAAAGGUCAAUAGAUGUUCACACACCAUUUGCUCCUGGCCUGGGGUCUCCCUGUCUCUCAUCUAUGGUGACCUAAUUAUGUUUUUCUGUUUUAUAAGGGCAAAUGUUGGGACAUGGUGAAAGGUGAAGGAUGUGUGGUUUAGCUUUGUGAAGUUUAGGUGACUAUAGUAUCUGCAGACUGGGAGGUGUGGAUUGGGAAUGUUCUAGCUCCUUUGACGCAAUGCUUCUUGUCGACUGUACACAGUUAAAGGUUUUGCUGGUGAAUUACAGUAACCCUUGCAUGCUUUAUCAUUGACCCCAUUGUUAACACUGUAGUUUAUUUUAUCUGCCUGGUUGGCUGAUAAGGCCUGAAUGUGUUUCAUGAUUUCCUCCUCUUCCACAGGUCACUUUCCAUUCGAGGAUUUACCACAGUAAAAAAACAAUCAGGGCGUAGUGAUCUGUCUGUCUGGGCUGUUUCCUAGCCAGGAUCUACUUCCUGUGGUCUCUUAGGUUACGUCCCACACCAGGAUCUACGACUAUAACAUCAACAGUCAGGGGGUGAUCUGUCUGUCUGUGAUCUGGAUCUACUUUGUGUUGUUUCCUAGGCGAUGUUAGAUCUACUUUGUGUUUUUUCCUAGGUGACGUUCCGCACCAGGAUCUACCACUGUAACAUCAACAGCCAGGGGGUGAUCUGCCUGGAUAUCCUGAAAGACAACUGGAGCCCCGCCCUCACCAUCUCCAAGGUGCUGCUGUCCAUCUGCUCCCUGCUCACAGACUGUAACCCUGGUGAGUGACACAGCGGUCAACCAAUCAGACAAACAGUAGAUAUACUGUACACAUGUUAGACUGUAACCCUGGGAAAUGACACGGGUCCUCUAAGGUCUCCCUCUUACCAAUGACUGUACACCAAUGACUAAAACCUCUUAUUCAUGAGUGUCUCAUCUCUGUCCUCUCUACAGUUAUGUUAUCCCUAAGAUCCAUAAGAUCUGGAAAAUGGCACAAGUCCUCCCCCUACACAAAGACGGAGAUCCUUUUGACUUGGAUAACUACCGUCCAAUUUCCAAGCUAUCUUGCCUUGCCAAAGUUUUAGAGUCCCUGGCCAACGUUCAGCUCAGAACUUUUUUAACUUCUCGUUCUAUUCUUAAUGAACACCAAUCUGGUUUUAGACCUGGACAUAGCAAUGUUUCAGCAACUACACUUGUCUUAGAUGAUGUGCUAUAUUGUUUAGACCAUAAAAAUCAUUGUGCUGCCUUAUUUAUUGACCUGUCGAAGGCAUUUGAUACAGUUGACCAUUUCUUACUUGUUCAAAGGUUGUCUGAAAUAGGCCUAGAUCAGGCAUCUUGCAAAUGGCUCAAGAACUAUCAAACGGACAGGACCCAAUGUGUGCUUACUGACGGUAUCAAAUCUAGUUUCCUCAUUAUUACGAAAGGUGUGCCGCAGGGGUCGAUUUUGGGCCAUGUUCUCUUCACUAUUUAUAUAAAUAAUAUUGGUCUAUCUGUUAAAGCCUGUAACAUUGAUAUCUCUACGCGGAUCAUACAGUUAUUUACUCCUGUACCCCCUCAGUACAGUAGGCCAUUCAUGACCUUCAGCAUGGUUUUGAAUCAGUUCAAAAAUCGCUUACUGAUCUUAAACUAGUGCUAAAUGCUAAUAAAACGAAGUCUAUGUUUUUUUCUAGGCCUCGUAAUAUUAACCCUGAGGGCCUGCAUAUUUGCACAUUGAAGGGAGCCCAAAUUGAGCAAGUUCCCCAUUAUAAGUACUUGGGUAUUUGGAUUGAUGAUAAGCUCUCUUUUAAAACACACAUUGACAAAAAAGUUGAGAAUUAAGCUGGGUUUCUUUUGUAGAAAUAAAUCCUGCCUCACUUUGGAAAGUAGAAGUAAGAUUGUUCAAGCAACGCUUCUCCCAGUACUUGAUUAUGAUGAUAUAAUCUACUUGCAUGUGGCAGCCUCUGCUUUAAAACCUUUAGAUUCAGUCUAUCACUUAGCACUGCUUUUUAUCACUGGGGACAAUUUUCAUACACAUCACUGCAUUUUGUAUAGUUCUGUUGGCUGGGAGUUUCUGACUACCAGAAGGGUCCAGCAUUGGCUACUUUUUGUAUAUAAAGCGGUUCUUCAGAGACUCCCCCACUACCUCAGCUCACGUAUUAACUGGAGAUCCAGCAAUUUUCAGACCCACUCUCUGGACUGGCUGGUUCUGGAGGUCCCACAGGUCUCCACUGACCUGGGGGAAAAUGUUUUUAGUUUUAAUGCCCCCAACUCAUGGAAUAGCCUUCAGGCCACAUUGAAAUUAGACUCGUGGGUCUCCAUUGAAGAGUUUAGAUCGUGUUUAAGGGUGGUGAUAUGUGAGAGUUGUGUUUGUUUUGAUUAAUCUUGUUGUAUUUUUUGUAUUGAUAUUAUUUAUUGUAUGUUCAUAUUCACAGGGCUCCCUUGCAAAUGAGAUCAUGGUCUCAAUGGUGACCCACCCUGUAUAAAUAAAAGUUCAAUAAAAUAAAAUGUUAGACUGAGGUAGCCCUCUUACUAAUGCGUUGCUCGUCUCUUUUCUCUUUUCUCUGUCUUCUCCCUCUCCUCUCCUCUCUUCAGCGGACCCUCUGGUUGGUAGCAUUGCCACUCAGUACCUGACCAACAGAGCCGAGCAUGACAGGAUAGCCCGACAGUGGACCAAGAGAUACGCCACAUAGAGGUCACGACCCCUGACCCUGUCCUGUCUGACCCCCCCAUCCCCCCAGCCCCUCUGCCUGCAGUGUGAAGGUCCCAGAGGCGACGUCACAUUGUGCAACAAAUCUUUAUAGCCUUUACAAUAUGGACUUCUGUGUAUCUGUCUGAUUACUGAUUCUACUCCUCCACAUUUUACCCUGCUGUGAGGACUGGGUCUAAAGAGAGACAGAGAGAUAGGCAGACCCCCAACAGGCAUUGUCUCACGUCAGAUAGCGCAGCUACGUCUUCGUCUGCACUGAUAGUUCAUGGCAACACAGAGCGUUAGAAUGACGCCAUCUUUCGGAAGACAAUGCCAAAUAACAGGUAAAUGUAUAUUGGAGUAGAAUUUUGUAGCUGUAGAUUUUAGCUAUGUUUAAAUGCCUCUACUUGCAAGUCUUGCUUCUUUGGGAUAUAAAAAAAUAAAAUGUAUUUUGUGAUGUAAUAAAGGAAACUAUUC